AUUAAAUCAAACUGACCAAUCUGAAGCAAAGCUCACCGUAGGUUAUCGCUCAGGCGGGACUAUAAAAUUGUGGUCUGCCUGAUACGAAGGUGUGAUUCCAAAGUUUAUUUAUUUUUACCUUAUUAAUAAAUAACAUGUCUUCGAGAAACGUGUACCAACCCCAUAGUUACAACGAUGUAUCAACACUGUAGUGUUAAAUGUAAACUAAUGUUUGUAUGUAAAUGUGAAAAUCCCUCUACUUUCUUCGUUAUGAUAAACACGCGUGUUAGUAGUAAACAAAACAGCUGAAUAUAACCGAAUGGUUGAUAAUAACAGGCUUUGAUAACUUUAAUUUUUGGCUGAAACAAUAGCAUGCACACUUCGUUUACUCUGAUAAUCCUUUGUUUCUGGGGUAAGAAAAUUCCAUCAUAUGACUUUUCCUGGUGCCCCCUCAUACUUUAACAGUUUAUCUACCUGUCCUUGUUGAUCCAAUCUUCCAUGUUGUUUCUCUAAUCUCUACGUAACUAUUUAGCAAGUUCUCUAGAGAACUGCUGAUUUCUUUCCUGCUUCUGAAUGAUAAUUCGAAUUCCUUUUAUACAUGUUUUUCAAUAGAUGGUUACUGUUUUUGUUUUAUGCCUCAGAAAUUCAGUGACUACUCGAAGGUAUUUGACAUGCACCGCGGAACCGUAUUCUUGGACUGAGGAGCAAACGUAGUAGUAGUUCUAACUUGUCCAGAAUCAGACUAAAAUAAUAGUAUGCAUUUGGAUGGUCUUAUUUUACCAUGAUAAGACUGAAAAUCUGAACCAACUUAACUACGUGUUGAGUAAUCCUCGUGCCUUGUCGCAGUAUACAUCAGCAUACUAACUUCAUGUGAAACGUGACUGCUUCAAGCGUCAAGGUAGUUGUAUAAAGCCUUCGUACUUUCUCAGUGACUAGGCUACUUAAAUAGAACAAUAGGCUUCAAUUGGCCAUAAAUCUUAGUAAUUAGUGAUAAGUUACUUAGUGUUUCGGUGGUUUUAUGAGAUUAGAUAAAUGUGUGCAAAAUAUGUGAAAUAUCCUAUAGUGACUUUAAGAAACACUUAAAGUCAUCGCCGUUGUUUAUUUUGUUUUCCACUGUAUUAAAAACACAUUGAGAAAUUCCUGUUGUUUGUGUUGGAGCCAUUAGUAACGUAGAUUUAUCAUCGGCACAAUUGCUGAGGUUUUUAACUAUUUUCUCGAUAUAGGUUCAUAUUAUUCUCGUUAAGGUCUUAAUUUUAAUGAGUUUUGCUGUGUAUUUUGAUUAUCUUAUGCUUUCAGACGAUUUCAGUUUCUUAGUCCUCUCCCGUUCUGCGUAAUGUGUGAUCGUGAAUCCAGACUGAAGGCUAUUGAGUCAGCUAUUGGUACCUUUCCGGAUUUCCCAGUAAAGGGUAUUCAGUUUCGAGAUAUUUUCGGUGUAUUCCGAAACCCUGUCUUAACGCAGUAUUUGCUGGAUGAAACAUACAAUAUUGCUACAUGUAACAUACAAUGCGGAAAGAAAAUAGAUGCUGUUGUAGGCCUUGAAUCACGUGGUUUUCUUCUUGGACCAACUCUGGCUCUUCGAUUGAAUUGUUCCUUCGUCCCUGCUCGAAAAGCAGGAAAACUUCCAGGUCCUUGUUACUCUCAUACAUACGAGUUAGAAUAUGGAACUGAUACUCUGGAAAUUCAGAGAGAUUCUGUAAAACCUGGGGAUAAUGUACUGCUGUUCGAUGACCUAAUAGCUACUGGAGGAACCUUAGAAGCGUGUGUCAAAUUAAUUAGACUGGCAGGCGCAACUGUCUUGUCCAGUUUGACGUUUAUGGAACUGAAAGAUUUGCCUGGACGUAAAAGGUUGGAAGAUCUUGGAGUGAGUGUACACUCAAUCUUCCAAAUUUAACGGAAACAUUUUCUCCAAAUUGUUUAUAGAACAAAAAUUCCUAUUCUUGCUCUCAACUAUCCUUUAGCACAGGAAUGUUUUAUACUCACAGUAUAAUGUGUUGAAUGCCUUAUUAUUACUUAGCUAAAUGAUUCGUUCUUCUAUUAUUUUGCUACUUAUUUUUUAAUGAAACCUGAUGAUAUGAUGAGAAUUGUCUUUCUUUAACUUUACGUAUUUACUGUUAAUAGACUGUUUUCGUCUUCCUUUCUUCUAUAACUGUGUAUGUGUGUUUCGUUUUACUUAAUAAUAUGUGACCGACAUACAUUUAUUUGUCUUUAAUUAAAUUAGUUUGAUUAUUGUCGGGUAAGAAAGAAGACGAUUAUUAAGAAUACAUUUC